AUGUAUCAGCAAGCAACCGAUAAGCGAUGGCGCCUUUUCAAGUACAAACAAAUUCAACGAGAUGGUCGAGAAGAGGUUCGUUUGCUCCCCUCUGAAUUUCCACAAAACUUCGUCGCUUUCCAGAUGGGCGACGUUCAGUUGGUGCUCGAUGAGUCUCGCAAGCAGCUGACUGUGUUUUCCAGAGGCGAAGAGCUCGAGAAAGUCUUUUACAACAUGGAGGUUACGAAGUAUCCUAUUUUAAGGUAAGAUAUCAGAAGUUUUUAGAUUAAUCAGUUCAAUUUUAGAUUCAAGGAGAACAAUCUGUACGUGAUGUUCAACGGACAAGGACAGGGUUUCCGUCUCAGUUUCCGGGCCGAAGACAAGGCGGAAUUCCUGGGAAUCAUGCGGAAAUUAGCGUACAUUUCAGAGAGCCCCGCGAAAAACCGUCCAUAUCCUAGCGCCGGACUGUCGGAGAGGUUGAGUUCCUGGUCUGCCGCAUCGAACAAACGGACGGGCACGUCCCUAUCGCUACCGAUCUCUUCUCGGGCGAUGCCUCCGCCGAAAAGACCGGCUGCUCGGAAUCUCUCCAGCGCAAUCACUUUCGCGGAAUCACAGCCGACGCAUUCGGAUUCCUUUCCGACGUAUUCCCCCUCUCCAAUCAGUGCCUUCUCUCAGCCGGUUUGCAAUUCGUAUGCCCGCCCGCUUUCCAGUGCCGAAUCCGUUGCUUCUUCGAUCGGUUCGGCUCUCAGUUCUCUCAGUGCACACUCCAAUUAUUCGGAUCACGCAUUCCAGAAUUUUUCGCAGGUAAUAAUUUCAGUAAUUCCUAUUAAUUCCUCGGCAAAUCUGCUUCAGAGCUCGUCUUCCCAUCGAAUAGAUCAUUCACAGAGCUCUCAGAUGUCUCAGUUUUCCCAGUUCUCACAGCUUUCUCAAUGCUCUCCGCAUCCGUUCACCCCUCCUACACCUCCUGCUUUCGAGAACAAAUGCAUUCAAACGGACGGCAAUUUUCUGAAGGAACUCGCCCAGGAUCCCACCGUCAUUAUGUCAUGCGUGCAGAGACUGAUGGAGCAACAAAAGUUCAACGAUUUGGUGAAAAUGAUGAGAGCCGAAAUUCGGAAGAUGCCAGCCGAUGAGAGAGAACGCUUUGGCGAGGUGAGAGAUGCGUUCUUUCCAAAUCCAAGUGAAUUUUCAGAAAACCGAACCGGAUGAGCCUGUCGUUUCUUCGUCGAAAGGCCCGCCCGUUCUUGGUCAUCAGCCGAACUCUGAUCUAGAGGUCGACGUGUUUGCCAAUCUUUAAUCAUGUAUUAUCUCUCUGAUUUAAUUUAUUGCUUGUUUGUUUUGCUAAUUUCAGCGAAUUCCUGCGUUCAUAAAUCCAUUUCUCUCCAUGCGCGCUCUCAAAUUUGAACUUCGCGCGCAUUCACACAAUGGCCGCGACCUAGCAAUCUUGUCUCAAGUUUUUAGUCCCUCUGCAUGUUUUUUUUCUGUUCGAGCUUAUUAUUUUCUUUAAGUAAAAAACAAGCUGGAUAAUGCACCGGGCACUCGUCAGGUUGCACAAAUUGCAGCAAUGCUCCGUCAGGAGUCUGAGCGAUGCAGCCAAAUCGAAAGAAUUAGCCGAAGUUAGCGACAAAAGGUAUUUUUCCCCAAUACUACUUUUGCUAUUAAAAAUUUUCAGUAAGUUUGCUAUCCGGACACUGGAUAACUCGGCGCCGAUCGAGAAGAGAUCUCUUUCACGGGGAUUUGCAAUGAACAAGUUCGAAAAAGUAAGGAAUGCUCUCGAAAUCAAUAAAAUUCAGCAAAACAGUUUACUCGCAGGACUUCAUGAUCUAUCCGGAAUACACGGAUUCUGACGACGUGCGCAACAUUGAAGGAUUCGUAGAUGUGCUCAGAAAGUCGCUGGAACUGUCCGUUGACCCGAGACAAAUCGAAAAAUACGGAAGUCUAUCCGCGGAAGUUCUGGAGGCUCUUCGGAGCAAUGCCAUUUUCUCGUUAGCAGUUGGAAAGGAAUUCGGAGGAAUUGGAAUGAACAACAAGGAUCUUAUGAGAGUAUUCGAGGAAUUGAAUAUCGAUUGGAAUGUGUACACGAAUGCGCAUGUCUCCCUCAUCGCCGCCAACCUCGUCACCAUCUACGGAUCCGAGGAACAGAAGGUAAAGUAUCUUCCGGCUAUCGCAUCCGGAAAAACGAGACCAGCAGUGGCGAUUGUGAAGGAUUCGAGCUCGGGAAGCUGUGAGCAGACGGCCGGGCCAGCGGGGAAAUCAAUGCUGAGCGGAGAGGGAAUUCGAGUUAUCGGACAGCACAAUGCCAACUUUUACGUCGUUUUGGGCAAUGUAAGGGCACUGAUUCUCUAAAACACCUCGAACAAAUACUCAUUUUCUUCCAGAAUCGUGGCGAGAGAACGUGCUUUUUAUUAGAUGAAACCGAGUUGGGUACGACGGACAAGAUCAAAUUCACCCGCGACGAAACGUUUGGACUCAAAGGGAUUGAUGUCGGAAAACUGGAUAUAACGGCGUUGGUGACCGAGAAAAAUGUGCUCGGAGUGGCUGGAAACGGAGCAGAAGUGGCCGCAGAGCUCAUCGGAAGUGGUCGGAUGCCGUUCGCCGCGGCAACCAUCGGAAUGGCCCGCCGAACUCUGCGAGAGCUCUCGCUCUGGUGCAAUCGGACACCGAGUCGCCACACGGAUCGGAGCACUUUGGCGGACGAUUCCCGGGCACAGCGGUUGGUUACCGAUUUGGCUCUGAAGGUGUACGCCCUCGAAUCCUCUCUUUAUUACUUGGCCGGACUGAUCGAUGAAGGUCUCUCAAUCGUCGUGGACAUUGAGAAUUCCCUUCUCUCGAUACUCACUCGGGAUGUGCUUCAGGCAGUCAUUUCUUCUCAGCUGGAACUCGUCGGAGUGGCCGCGAGCGACGCCUCGUUCCCCCACGAAAAGAUCCUGCGUGACAUCACCACUCUUCUUUCGAUCGUCGACGACGGUGCAGAUGUAGAACAGAUCGGACUGGCCACAAUCUCAACUUGGGCGACUUCGACGUCCCACAAAAGGAUCGUGAGCACCUUGAAGCGGUGGCUGAAGAAAGAGAACGAUGCCGACGAAUUGCGGAACCCCGGACUGAGCCAUUUCAUCGCGGAGCAUGCGCACCCGUCACUUCAGAUGGCGUGCCAAGAGCUCGAGUUCUCGAUGGCUCGCAUCAAUGUCGUCGUUUCGAAACUGUUGACGUCGCAAGGAAAGAAUAUUGAGCAGGACUACGGCAGUUUGGAAGCUCUGGUCAACGUGCUCAAGAACAAUCUCGUGAUGGUUUCGACCAUCUCAAGGGCGUCGCGAUCCUAUUCGAUCGGAUUGAGGAAUGCGGACAUCGAGUUGGCGUGGGCCACUAUCAUUUGCUCCAGGUAAACAGAAAGUUGAAAAUAGACAUUCUCUCGUUUUUUUCAGGCUGUCUCGUGCCACAUGGUUCGAACUGGAUGCGCUCUCCGAUCUCUUUGGUCUCGUUCGCUUCAAUCCGUCGCUUCUAAACGCGGGACGCGCCGUUUUCGACCUCGGAGGCUACGUCAUCGAGUCGCCGAUGGAGAAGAAUUGGUGA